AUGAAUUAUCGUAUUGAUUUACGGAGAGAACAAGUUGUAAAAUUAAUUGAAGAACAAGAUCUUACUACUCUACUUCAAUAUGAUCAACUUACGCAUGAACUAUCCACAUUUCCUUACUUUUCCAAUUUUAAAGAAGCUCACAGAAUUCCUAGUUGGACUGAUAGGAUUAUAUUUAAAACAAGAUUAUCAGAAAUAAUAGAAAAUAUAAGAUAUGAAAGUCAUAUUAAUGUUAUAGGAUUUUCUGAUCAUCUACCUAUUACAGGAAUAUUUUUAGUUGAAUUUAAUUGGCAACGAGAACGAGAACUAUUAGUACAAGUAUCGAUCCCAAAGUUAGGCAAAGAGGUACCGUUAGCAAAACAAACAAAAUAA